ACGAAACUUAAACCUUCUUGAGCUGCUUUGUUGCAUAAACAUCGAACAAUUCUUGAGACCUUAGAUAAGUCUGAAGAAGGCUAUAUAAAGCUGCACCUACCCUUUGGAUUCAUAAUGAGUCACAGCGUUUUUGCCCUUCAGGUGGCAAAUCAGGCCGCCCCUCUUGAUCCGUCACUCCUGUCAGAACGUUGCACUUUGAGCCUUGAGCUUGCAGGCGGAAGUCCAGGACAUUUUCUAGGCGAUGGUCUUUGGUAUCAGAUGUUUUGUGCCAUCAGACGUGUCGGAGGGAAGUUAAUUUUGACUGGAGCGAUGACUCCGGAGCGGAGCUGAUACUCAGAGACGUCCUUCUUCUGCUGGUUGGAGUAAAUUCCAGAUUAUCCUCGCCGCCCUGAAGUGUGAACCUCAGUAGAUCCAUAAUGCUUGGAAACGGCCGACCUUUCUCCUACUCCCCGAGGGGUUUCUCUCAGGAGGAUUUCCCUCAGAGGCGAGCGUUUCACCAAGAUGAGCCCAAAGAAUCCCUGCUGCAGAGAAACAGCAUGUCCAGACCCAGUGGAAAAUCCAUCUACAUGCAGAGAAAAGAGUAUGCAGAGAUGCUCAACAAAAACCCAGACAGCUUUCAAGUCAGAGUGGAGCAUCUGCUCAUCUGUGAGCUGGACGGCCAGGAGCUGAGGUCAGAGAACGACUGUGUGACCAAGCUCAAGGAGCUGGACGGCAAAGGUCGUCUGUGGCCCCAAGAGAUGAUCUUAGAGAUAAAGGGAGCCUAUGUGGUGCUCUGUGACAUUGAGACCAAGGCGGAGCUGGAUGCGAUACCUCUGACGAGCAUCGUGAAAACCCGUGCGGUCCUGGAAAGCUGCGCCUACAACUCUCUGCUGGUGGUGACCGUGCAGGAAGCCCGCAGGCGCGGCCCUCAGGUCUUCAUGUUCCAGUGCGAGGAGACGGGGGCAGAGCUCAUUAAGGCUGAUCUGGACAAGGCAAUGCAGAGAGGAGGCGGUGAUAUAGAGCCACGCAGGAUGACGCCUGACAUCAGUCGCCAGAGUGCAAGCAGUUUCCGGCAGGAUAGGUUCAGUCCUAUGCAGCAGGAGGAGAACCUGCCGCCUGCAGACUACGUGGCCCCGCAGUGGGACAGCAGACAGCCAGAUUACAGACCUGACUCGCGUCCUUAUUCUCCACAAGAAGAGAUGUCGAACUAUUCCGAUUUUCACGAUUCAGACAUGGCUCUGCAGCGAGCGGAGAUGGAGAGAAACACGGACAUUUUUAACCACAUUUUAACUGAUGUGGAGAUCUUCGGGGCCAGAGUAGGACAAGUUAUGAAUACAGCUCCGGAGAAAGAAAGCAAGGGCAAGAUUAAGUUUCCAAAAAAGAAAAAAUCCAAAUCAAAUGCAUCCAAUCUGCCACAAUGGAAUGAAUAUGUCGCCUUUCUUCAGAAAAUCAAAUAUGCAUUCAAUCUGCUGGGCCAGCUGAAUGGAGCCCUAGACAACCCCAGUGCUGAUGUAUAUGUGCAUAUCUUCUUCUCUUUCCUGGGCAAUAUCGUUCCUCUGUAUCCCCAAGAUUUACCUCCAACAGUCACCUCUCCCCUGCUGACGGACGAGGCUGUGAGGUUCCUCAAUCAAGUUUUGGAUCCCCAGGAGAAACACCUCUGGACGAAUCUGGGAGAAUGCUGGAACAUUCCCAGGUCUUCCUGGCUGGGCAAUGUCGAUCCUUACAUCCCAGAGUUUUAUGACGGCUGGCAGCCUCCCGCACCCCUUCACUCCCCUCCUGAUCCUCAGCGGAACCAGACACUGAACAGAAACAACAGCCAGCGCUUUCCGCCCGGACCAAUGAACAAUGACCGGAGCUACUCGCCCAGAGCUACGGUUCAGCGCUCUCAGCCCAGGUCCAACGGUCCAAUGAGGUCGCAGCCAUCUCAAUACCCGACCGAGCCACCGCUCUUCAUGCGAGUCAUGUACAACUUCUCAGCAAGGAACAGUCAGGAGCUGACCGUCACACAGGGAGAGAUGGUUCAGGUGGUCCAGAAAUCUAGGCCGUGGUGGCUCGUUCGAAACUCCCGUAACGAGGAGGGCAACGUUCCUCCAAACAUUUUGGAGCAAGCCGAGAACGAGUCCUCAGAAGAGCAGCCGUGGGACUCACGGCGUCAGGUUACCCUCGACUACAACUCCACUCCUGCAGACGUGAAAGCAUGGCUUGAGAGCAAAAACUUCUCUAGAAUCACCGUGUCCAGCCUUGGAGUCCUGACUGGAAGGCUGCUUCUGGGAAUGACCAAAGACGAGAUCAGGACGGUGUGCCCGGAAGAAGCUGGAAAAGUCUACUUCCAGCUUCAAGGCAUUAGGACACAACUUGCACUUGCCAGUGAGCAGUCACAAAUGUACAACAACCGCUACUGACAACAACCACAGGUGUGAUGCUUAAACUUCUGGACUUAACGGUUCUGGAUCCCUACAGAUCCGUUCUCACUCUUAGGAUCUACAGACCUUUAUCCAACCUGGCUUGUUUAUUUCAAAAAGUAUGGCCUGAUUUUGUAUAGCAUAUAAAAAAAAUAAAUCAGU